GUACCAGCCACAGGACCGCAGGACGACCCAGCCGGCAAACAAAGUGGUGCCGCCUCGUUUGCAGCAGGACGCAAAUCCCCAGCUCGAGAGAACGCAAUUCAUUGACACACACCAAACCACAAAUCAAAACAAAGCACCAACAGCAGCAACGUUGCCGCUCGAUUCACAAGCACGAGAGCAGCGAUCAUCAGCGCCCGCACACUGUUGGAGAAGGACGGCGAGCGAGCGAGCGCGCGCGCGCGCGCGCGCACCCAGUGCGGCAUUAUUUCAGGCGGCAUCGCAGCCGUGCGACGCCUCAGUCGACCGACAGACUGCACCAGAUGCUGAUCGCGGCGUGGUCGCACUACAGAAAGAGAGAGAGAGAGAAGCGGAAUAGAGACAGAGAGAGAGCGAUCGUAAAACAGAAAGUGCAGUGUUGCGGAAGGUAGACGCGCGCGCACGGUGUGAGAGCAGAAUUCAGGGAAAAGGAGGAAAAGCGGUGAAAAUCCCCAAGGACCGAGGCGGGGGUGACCAGACACAAACAAGAAAACGUAAACAAAUCGUUUUAAUACUUUAAAAGCGUGUGAAACGUGUCCGUUUUUUGGGGGGGAUUUUUCGUGAUAAGUUCCUUGCUCCCAAACAAAACAAAAAAAUUAUUAUAAUUUCCCCCAAGUGACCGUGAUCUUGAAUUGCUGGCUUGAUUAACACAGCAACUGGCGUUGGAGUCAACCACCCAGCAGAGGCCCCCGAAGUGCUGGUUGGUGGCUUGUGUUUCGACGGAAAACUCGGCACCGCGCCUGUAUCAACAAUCAACCUGCUGUACAAUCAAACAAGUGCCUGUGUCUGUGCGGCCUCUGCCCGCAAGAGGACACGCCGCAAACCACGGCAGGUCUUGUCAACAACAACAACCAAAAAAAAAAAAAAAACAAAACAAAACAGUGCAGAGUGAGGGCGAACAAAAAAGGUGCGCAAAAUCGGCACGACCGGGCAAGAUUCGCACGCUCGCACGUUCGGCCUGGUGGCCAGCGACAUUUCUAUUAAUAGUGAAAAUUCUUUCAACCAAACACACAAACACCCCCUUCCCCGGGGGCGCCGACCCGGUUUCAACCAAAACAAAGCAACACAACACGAAAAUAAUCGUUGCGUGCGUAAGGCAAUCGUCGCGGUGCGUUUUCGGUGUGCAGAUCGCAGGCGCAAAAGACGCAAAGAACCAAGUGUCGCAAAGGCGGUCGCGUGAGAAAGGAUUUUCCUCCGUUUCUUUAAGGAAAGAUCCCAUCCGCCACGCCCCUCUCAGACCGGGAAUUCAAUAGACCUUCGGCGCUGACCCCACGGAGGAUGGAGCGGACCGAGCUGUUGCUGGCUGAGAUGACCGAAGGGAGCAGCAGCACGGUACAGGCGGCGUCGGCGGCCUACACCGCCAAACUGAUCGGGCGUGCAGAAAGCGAAGUGCCGAUGGUGUCGAUGGAUGGUGAGGCCCACCCGAACAUGACGCUGGCCGCCGUUGGGCUCGGUGCGCUGGUCGCACUCAUCAUACUGCUCACGCUGAUCGCCUUCAUAACGCGCCGCGAGCGAAGUGCGCAAAGCAAGGACCCGGCCGGGCAAGGACCCGGAACGCCCGCACCGACCGGCGGCACCCGACCCAAGCGACCCGAUACGACACCGAGCCUGGCUGCUGCAAAGUGUCCCCCGGUGGGACCCGGGCCCGCGCCACGCUGCGUGACGUUUGCGAACGAUUUCGAGCUGGUAGACGUGGUGGUAACGCGCAUGUGAAUGCAAGGAACAGGAGGAAGCCUUCCCGACGAAGGCACUGUCGUUGUUUUGUUGUUGUUGUUGUUUUUAUUGUGUAUAGAGACUGCUUUGUUACACGGCACAGAGCUGCUAGGUGGUAAGGGAAUGCGUGCGAGGGCGGAAAGUAACGGGUGCAACCUUUUAGGGCGUAGCUUUAAGUGAGUUUUGCGUGCGGAGAUGUAACGAGUGCACUUAGGGGUUUAGAAUUAGUGGACUGGGUCGUCCAGAAGUGGUUCGGCGUUGGUAGAUUCGGUGGCUUUCUGGCGCGCGUGCGCGUUUGUGUAUGUGGUAGCUUUGGACGUUCUAAGUUACAAGGGUUCUUCAACGAUCUUCGACUAUUGGUGGCACACUUUCUGCCCUCUUUCCGACUCCCGUUUCUUGCAAUGACAGUGCGAAGUGACACUUUUGGUGCGAUAAUGAUGAUCUUCUUGAAUCUUCAGGGUCGUGGAAAGUGGAUUCAGAUGCACAUUGGCACUCCAAUACGGUUGACAGCGUAAUCCACAAGAUGCAGCAAGAUCUUCCUCAUCAUCAUCAAACGUAUCAGCUCACACCGUAUCAGAAAAAAGGGUCAGAAAGUGUGCCUCCACCGUCGGAACACGGACACCGGCAACUCCUGUAAACCACUGCUGGCACUGGGCACAUCACAGCACAUCCUUAUGCAACGGCCGCCCGUCAAAUGCGUCCCAGCACCAUCGCCAGCAGGGCCAUGCGCACGUACAUUCCAUACUCGGCCUGGCGGAAGUAGGCCGCCCGCGGAUCGCUGUCAAUCUCCACGCUGAUCUCGAAGACGCGCGGCAGCGGAUGCAUCACGAUCAUGCGCCGCUUCGCGAGCGUCAUUAUCUGGGGCGUUAGGAUCAGCUGUCCGCAGCACUGCAAGAAAGCCAAACGGGGGAGUUAUUAGCAAACUAGGAAACAUGCAUGAGGGAGAAAGGGAAAGAGAAACGGCUCACCUUCUCGUACUCCUGCUCGCUCUCGAACCGCUCGCGCUGGAUGCGCGUCAUGUACAGCACGUCCGUGUCGGCGAUCGCGGACUCGAGCGUGUCGAACUGGCGCUGCGAGAUGCCCUUCCGGUCGACGUACUCGCGGAUGUGGGCCGGCAUCUCCAGCCCGGGCGGGCAGACGUACCGCACGUUGACGUUGUACAUCGUGAGCAGCCGGGCGAGCGAGUGAACCGUCCGGCCGUGCUUCAGGUCGCCCGCCAUCGUGAUCGUCAGCCCGUUCACCGUGCCGAUCUCCUCGCGUAUCGUGAAGAUGUCCAGCAGGGCCUGGGUCGGAUGCUCGCCGACGCCGUCGCCCGCGUUAAUCAGCGGCUUGCGGCAGUGCUGGGCAGCGCGCUGGAAAUAAAAGAAUAACACAAUAUGAAAAAAAAACGAA